AUGGCCCGCUCCCGCGCCUCGCAGUCCCCGUUCGUGAAGCGCGAAGGCGCUGGUGUCACCCCGUACAAGCCACUGUCGGUCGAGGAACGCAACGCUUUGAUGAAAGAAGGUCGCUGCUUCAACUGCCGCGAGCAAGGUCAUAUGACUCGCGAGUGCCCGAAGAAGAAUACCGUCUCCACGAUCGCUACCGCUGAACUUCAGGCACUGGAGCAGCAGCCUACUAACCCUGGUAAUGAUCAGUCGGGAAAAGCCUGA